UCCCUUCUCUUUCUUUGAUGAUAAUUUUUUAUUCCCAACUCUGCUUGCCUUGUCUUCUGAGUUCUACAGAUGGUACAAGGAAAUCAUGAAGAUGUCACCUAACUCAUCUAGUGUCACACAGAUAGACAGUAAUGGAGGCAGAAUUUGAACCUGGGGCAGCUUGGUUCUCCCCGCUGUGCUGUGCCACCUCCCAGAAGCUCAAGUGGGAUGGUCUGUCUGCCAUGUGGUUCUGAGAACACACAAAGAAAUCUGCAGGUCUGAUGGCCGCCCCCAAUGGAAGGGGAGACUCCCAGAUACCAGGCUGUGGGAGGCAGGGAAAUGGAGCCUGCAUGGAGCAGCUGGACCACCCGGAGAGGCUGGAGGCAGAGGAGCAGGUGCCAGACCGAAGUGUCAUGUGGGAGAAAGCACAGGAAUUCUUCCAGGCCUGUGACUCCGAGGGCAAGGGCUUCAUCGCCAGGACAGACAUGCAGAGGCUGCAUAGGGAGCUGCCCCUAAGUCUGGAAGAGCUGGAGGAUGUGUUUGAUGCCCUGGAUGCUGAUGGCAAUGGCUUUCUGACCCCAGAGGAGUUCGCCACUGGAUUUAGCCACUUCUUCUUCAGCCACAGAAACCAAAGCGAGGAGGAAGCUGACCAGCAGGUGGUCCAGCUCCAAGAGGAGAAGGUGUAUCAGUCUAGAGGAGAUGAGGAUGUGGGAGACAUGGACCAUGAUGAGGAAGCACAGUUCCAGAUGCUAAUGGACAGACUUGGAGCCCAAAAGGUUCUGGAAGAUGAAAGUGACGUCAGGCAGCUGUGGCUGCAGCUGAAGAAGGAUGAGCCCCACUUGCUGUCCAACUUCGAAGACCUCCUCGCCACGAUCUUCGCCCAGCUCCAAGAAGCCCACGAGCAGAAAAAUGAACUGGAGUGUGCCCUCAGAAAGAGAAUUGCUGCUUAUGAUGAAGAAAUCCAGCAUCUCUAUGAGGAAAUGGAACAGCAGAUCAAAAGCGAAAGGGAACAGUUCCUUCUAAAAGACACAGAGAGGUUCCAGGCCCGCAGCCGGGAGCUGGAAAGGAAGCUGAGCGCCAAGGAGCAGGAGCUGGAGCGUCUCAAUCAGAAGCAGAGGAGGCUGGAAGGCCAAUGCACAGCUCUGCACAAUGACAAGCAUGAGACCAAGGCUGAGAACACCAAGCUGAGGCUCACUAACCAGGAGCUGGCCCGUGAGUUGGAACGCACCUCCCACGAACUCCAGGAGGCCCAGCAGCAGCUGGAGAGCCUCCAGAGAGAGGCCUGUGAGCUGCAGCAGGAGAAGGAGAUGGAAGUGUACCGAGUGACAGAGAGUCUCCAGCGGGAGAAGUCGGGCCUUCUGAAGCAGCUGGAUUUCCUAAGGGAAAGGAACAAACAUCUCCGGGAUGAACGGGACAUAAGUCUUCAGAAAGAUAAGGCAGCCAAGGCAAACACAGCUGCUGCCAAGGCAAGCAGAAAGCAGAGAUCUGGCUCUGUGAUCGGCAAAUAUGUGGAUGGCAAGGACAUCCUCAGGAGCCAGUCAGUGGAGGACGAUGAAGCAUUUGCCACCCUGAGGAGGAGAAGCUCUGUGGGCCUGAGUACAUAUCUCCUGGCAGAGGAGGAGCUAGGAACCGGGGAGCCAGGGACUGGGGUUUCGCAUCGCCAGGCACUCCGCAGAAUCAUCUCCAUUGAGGAAGACCCCCUGCCUCAGCUCCUGGAGAGUGGCUUUGAGAAGCCACUGAGCAGAUGCCCAGAAGAAGAGGAGGUCUCUGACCAGGGGACAAAAGGGCAAAGGGUGGCAACCCCAGCCUUGGAACUCAUCCCUACUUCUCCCCGAGGACAGCCUGUUGGAAAAGAAGCUUUCUACAAGGAGGAAAGCAUUCUGUCUACCCCAGACAGGCUCUUCAAGAUCGUGUUUGUGGGUGACUCCGCUGUGGGGAAGACAUCUUUCUUGAGGAGGAUCUGUGAGGCCCGCUUCUCCUCAGGCAUGGCGGCCACUGUGGGCAUUGACUACCGAGUGAAGACAGUCACUGUGGACAAUGCACAAGUGGCCCUGCAGCUGUGGGACACGGCUGGGCAAGAGAGAUACCGCUGUGUCGCGCAGCAGUUCUUCAGAAAGGCCGACGGCGUGGUUGUUAUGUAUGACCUCACAGCCAAGCAAUCCUUCCUGUCGAUCCGGCGGUGGCUGAGCAGCGUGGAGGAAGCUGUGGGAGACCAAAUUCCUGUUCUGCUGCUGGGCAACAAACUGGACAACGAGAAGGAGCGGGAAGUCCCUCGGGGCCUGGGAGAGCAGCUCGCCAAGGAGAACAAUUUGAUCUUCUAUGAAUGCAGUGCCUGUUCGGGUCACAACACCACAGAGUCCCUGCUCCACCUGGCCAGGUUCCUCAAGGAGCAGGAGGACACAGCGAGGAAGGACAUCAUUCAGGUUGGUCCCCCUGCCAAGAAGAAAUCCUGCUGUGGCUGACAGUAGACCUCCUCAGCCUUCCUACCCAUGCUCACGGUCACCUUCAGCCAAGAGUCCUCUGAAGCCCAAGGUCACGCGACUACUUGAACCAGCACUUGGGCUGCUAUGCAGCAACACUCAGCAAAGCCCAUCCUGCCUUGCCCUAGUUGGUCACUUGCCUCCCCUAAUGGAAGGAAACACGUGCAGCCAGGAAGCCUACAUUUUCUGUAUCUUAAAAUCUGCUCCCCCCUUCUCUUCUACACCCCAAUACCCACUUCUGUUCUCCUUCCUCCAGUGUGAUUCUCUGGAAGAAAGGAGCAGAUGGGCUUUUCCAGAAAAGUCACCACGUGCCUUCUCCACCUCCCUUCUCCUCUUUCCAUGCCCUCAGGAGUCUCUGUACUGUGGUUGCCAUGGCAACCAUACAGGGGCAACUUGCUGCUUCUUGAAGGCCCAAGAUGUGCCAUUUGAGUGAUGCUGGCGUAGCCUGUCUUGUGUCAGCCCCUGUUCUCCAGAAACCAGAGAGCUGCUCUUGCCACAAUGUCGCGGACCAUGAGACAUUCCAGUGUCUGCUCCAGCUCCCAGGGCUCUCUCUGCUUCUCCCUGAGUCCCUGAAUAACAAGCUUCACAGCCUCUCCCAGAAACCACUGUGCCCCCUGGAUCUGUGCCUGUGGGUCUCUGCAGGGUACUUCCUAAUGACCCUGCAACCCUGACUCCAGGGUUAACAGUGGGUGACAACUCCAUGCCUGGAGUUACACUGCAGACGUACUUCAUACUUGAGUUUGACAAAGAAAACCUUAAAGGGAGGCCAUCUAUGGCUAAAAAAUGGUAGCCAGUCCUGGAGGUUCUAAAUAAGACGUGUUUCACACAUGAAAGACAUUUUCUGAGGGUUUCUCCAAAUACCUCUUGGGAAAAUCACACUUGAUUAUUGACGGAGUACAUUGACAGGCAGGUGUGGAAGGGGGUUGUCCAACACUAAGUUUAUAACUAUUGGCUUCUUUUUAUUUCAUUUGUCUUUAAUCCCAGGAGCUUAUACUGUUUUUAAAGAUGUCACUGAUAUUGACAGUUUGGUAGUGCUUGAGAAAUGAGCUGCGUGCAGCUGCUGGCUUCAGCAGAGGGCGCUUGGAUUCAGGGCAUGACCUGAAUCCUGCAAGAGCCUGUUUCCUGCUCCUGGCCAGCACUGAAUGGCUGGCUGGGUCCUAGAAGGGACAUUCUUAUCCUAGACAAAAGAUAAGAUAAAAAAAGAUCACAAAGGUUGCUUUUGACGAAUGACUGAUGUUCAGAGUGUGUAGUAGAGGAGACAGGCACCAGCUCCAGGGAAUGUAGGUGGCCUACACCCAAGAAGUGAAGCUUACUAAGAGGGCAGGAUUUUAGGGAAAACCUCCACUCUGCCAAAAACAGAAGGAGAAACAGCGAGCCAGAGUUUCUAGGUAGGCUUUACAGCCUCUUCUCCUAGCCCCUUAAAGAACAAGAGGCCCAUAGUUACCAGGCACAUACCUACCUGCUUUUGGCACGCUCUUCUUUUUUUCUGAUCUAGCAUUUGCAGGGGGCCGAGAACCAGUGGAGAAUGCUUAAUAGAAUCCACCCCUGCAUGCCUUGAGGAAGUUCACAAUCUCCCGCAGGCCUGCUCCCAUCCCAUCAGUUAAAGAUGGGGUGGAGUCAUUGUCCUUCGAAGGCUGGCUCCUGAAUCAGAUCGGAGAACGUUCUUAAGAAAAAACUUUCCGUAGGGGAAGGGCGAUGGUGGUAGUUACAUUUGUGCUUUGAAGCAUGCAAAAUCUGUAUAGAAGCCACUCAGACUUGUUGCUUACUCCGUGUGUUGGGGGGUGGGCCGGGCAGGUACAAGGUAGGAUGGAUGGCCAUGGAAAGGGUGGCCAGCUCCUCUGUUUCUCAGCAAACAAGAGAUGGGACUGGAAUUCAUAGAGCAAGCAGGCCCUACCUGUAUCUCCUGGGUCUGCAGAUGCCUUAAUGCCCAGAACUGUCUCUACUAAGGAUAUCAUUCCUAUUCAAAAACAAAGUGCCUUGAUGAGUUUGGAGGAGGGAGGGAGAACACUGAUGCCUUUGGACAUGUGUCCAUGAUUCUUCAGAGGCCCAGGAGUAGGUAGGAAACAGGCACAAGGAGACUUCGGUUGCCUCUUUCUAGAGCCCCACUAUGAAGGAAAGAGAAGAAUGUGGGCUUCAGUGGGCCCCUGGGAGUCCCUUGUCCCCAUCUCUCAGCUUCCCCUCUUCCCAUUUUGUUUUGUUUAAAUACUGUGUGGAUCUGAGCCAUCCUCAAGGGCUCCCUCUGGCCCAGAGCCUGGCAGAGUAUUCAGAAGAACCUCUGUUUCCAUCCCAUUUGCAUCCCUGUUGAUUACCCAGCUUUCUUUGCUCAUUUAUCAUAGACUGAAAGUUCCCAUGUCUUGCAAUGGCUGUGAAGAACUCAGCACAGUCCCCAGUACUUGACAGAUCUUGGCUAACCGGAGCCUCGUUUCAUUGGUAGCGUGGCCAGCCCACUUUCCAGUCUUCUGCCCUGAGUGGGCACAAUUACUGGCACCAGCUCAUUUGAACAUCUCUCUGCUCAGGCCGUUGCCUCGAUUCCAGGUCAGAGCUGACUUUGCUCUUGACCUUACAAUCAUGUGUUCCCAUGGACUCCCAGGAGUCCUGGGUUUCUUGCCAGGGCCUAUAUCCCAGCAGUGGCCCUUGCUGAUUCCAGGCACCAGGCUCUCCCUCUUGUUUCAUUUUCCAUGAUGGGGACAGUGACUGAGACCUGGGGCCAGCUCCUGUCUGUUUACCUAUGUGUGACCCUGGCUCAUGCAGUCCCGAAGCUCCUGCACCCUCUUGCCCUUAGCUGACUCAUGCUGCUUUGAGUCUCUGCCACCCAAAACCCCAGGUUGCCAAAGCAGGAGGUCCAGCACCAAACCAGUGUUGCAUGUGAUUCGUUCCUGCUUAAGGUUUGAAUCUUUCAGCCUUUGGGAUAUUUGGCGUUCCCCUGUGACAAGCUGUCUCUCCCUUCUCACCUUUCACAAUCUCUCAGUCCCAUUCUUUCCCCAAUUCUGGACUCCUCACUCUCCCAGGAGCUCUCUCUAGCCAUGCCUAUUAACUUUGCCAAAUGGCUCAACUGUCUCGGCAGUGAGCAGUGCCCCGAAGGGUCUAAGACCAGCCUCAAGUAAGGUGCUAACGAAAGUGGUGGCUCUGGGGCUCCCACUUCCUUUAACAAAGGGCUCCAAGAGAGGUAGUGCUUCCUGUCAAACAAAUGAGCUGCUAGCGGUAGAAUUAUAAGCCCCUCUAGGGUUGUGGGGGUCAUAUAUUUGAGACCAUGCUGCCUUUCUCUCUGCUUCUCUCAGAGAUCUGUUUGCCUCGUGCAUUGAGAGCUCCACUGUGGGUUGAAAUAUAUUUGAACCGUGGCAUCUUCAGUAUGCAGUGGCUUCCUUUGUCUUCAGUAACAAAUUUUUGUCUUAAGGUCUGUUUUGUGGUCCCUCUUUUGUAUUCAGUGUAAUAAUAGAAAAGAAAAAAAUAUUUAAAAGAAAAAUACAUGGUGUAUUUUUCUUUCACCUUCCAACCUGUGUAUCUCUAAAGAGAGUCUCUGAAACACACCCUAUAGUUGGCUCAUUUUUUUUAAAUUAUAUUUUCCAGGAUUUUUAUUGGAAAUUUUAGUUUUGAUCUAUAAGAAAGGAUUAUGUCUGCAUAUAUAUCUAUAUGCAAUUUCUUUGUUUU